AUGUCCCUUCCUUCCACAGUUGAGGCCAUCACUAUUCCCCAUACAGGGGGCGUGGAAGUGCUUGAGAAAACCACAAUCCCAUUCCCUAAAGUUAACCCUGGUGAUGUUGUUAUCAAGGUUGAAUACUUCGGUGUUAACUUCAUAGAUACAUACUAUAGGUCUGGGUUGUAUAAGUACACAGAAUUCCCGGCCAUUAUAGGAAAGGAGACCUCUGGUACAAUUGUCGCACUGCCAACAGACGAUGCCGUUUUGUCCAACGAGACAUACAAGAAGCGAGGAUAUAAGAUUGGCGGCAAAGUCGCUGCCGAUUUCCUUGGAUCCCAUGCUACAUACAUCUCAGUACCUUGGAAAUUCGUGUAUCCCGUGCCCGACUCCCUGUCGACUAAGAUAGCUGCUGCCGCAGCACUUCAGGGCUUGACAGCGGUCACAUUUUUUGAAGAGGCGUACAAGGUUAAAAAGGGUGAUACCAUCCUCAUACAUACAAUUGCAGGUGGUUUGGGAUUACUUUUUGCACAGCUUGGAAGACGCGUUGGAGCCACGGUGAUUGGUACGACGUCCACUCCGGCAAAAGCAGAACUUGCGAAGCAGAAUGGAGCCGAUCACGUUAUUUUAUAUCCUGUAGAAGACACUGUGGCAAGGGUUUUGGAAAUCACUAAUGGCGAGGGUGUAGAUGCCGUUUUCGAUGGUGUUGGAAAAGACACGUUUGACAAUAACUUUAAGUUGAUCAAGCGCAAGGGUACCAUAGUCUCAGUUGGGAACGCUUCUGGUGCCGUCCCGCCGUUUUCAAUCCCUAGGCUUGUCGAAAAAAAUGUCAAACUAUUGCGCCCAACAAUGAGUAACUAUGUUUACACCCCAGAAGAAGCCGAGCACUAUGGCAAGAUUCUUUUUGACUUGGUGGUGAAAGGGGACCUCAAGAUCCAGAUUUAUAAAGAGUACCCCUUCACUGUAGAGGGAGUGAGGCAGGCACAAAGCGAUCUCACCGCCGCUGGAGGGAAGACCACCGGGAAGUUGCUGAUCAAGGUGUAA